AUGCUACACAACCAAUCUAUUUCCUUAAAGUCCAAAUCACGAUUUGUAGUUUCAAACGAGGCGCGAAAAAGAUUGAGGGAUAUCAUAAGUUCACGUUUAUGUUUCCUUUGUAUACCUUUCAAAGAAUGUAGAGCUUCCGCCCGUUACUCAAGCAUUGCCCAACUCGACAUCGUGAAUAAGACAAUAACUCCAAUCACAUACAUCAUCAAAACACCAAGUAACUUCAACACAGGCUUGAACUUUUCCCAACACGUAGCGUUUGCGCUCACGUCGACACUCGUGCUGUAUUCACUUCGACACUGGUUGAGACCCUGUCUUAAAAUCGGUCUGGGCACUGACAUGGACACUUGCUUCGACACAGGUUUAGGCACUGGCAUGGUUGCACUCGCUCUUAACGCUGCUUUGGGCACUGGCGUCUACCACUUAAAGGGUUUCUGCACUGGCGUCGAUACUUGUGCUGUACUCGCACUAACACGGAUGAAGGUCCCAUGGAGGGCGCAGUCAUUUUCAACACUCUCUUUAGAUACUUACAGACACUCGCUUCGACACAGAUUUAGAGCACUGGCAUGGCAACUCGGUUUCGCAUUGGCUUGCAACUUUGCUUUCAACACUGCUUUGGGCACUGGCGUCUACCACUGGAGGGGUAUCUGCACUGGCGUCGAUACUCGUGCUGUAUUCGCUUCGACACUGGGCGCGAUGCACUUCCUUCAACACUGGAGUGUGGGCACUGACAUGGACACUCGCUUCGACACAGGUUUAGGCACUGGCAUGGUUGCACUCGCUCUUAACACUGCUUUGGGCACUGGCGUCUACCACUUGAAGGGUUUCUGCACUGGCGUCGAUACUUAUGCUGUACUGGCUCUAACACGGAUGAAGGCCCCAUGGAGGGCGCAGUCGCUUUCAACACUCGUUUGGGUACUUACAGACACUCGCUUCGACACAGGUUUAGGCUUUUGGCAUGGCACUCGCUAACACUGGCUCGCAACUGGCUUUCGAUACUGCUUUCGGUACUGGCAUUCGCAAACGGAAGGGUAAUUAAUUAAUGAAGCAAA